AAAACACAUCUUUCGGGAGGUCGCAACUAAACGCUAAAGAACUCGCUCAAUAGUGACUGCUAGUGUAUCUGAAUCUCCUUGGCAGGAGAGCGAUGGCGGCGCAUUUGCGAAGGUUACUAGUCUCGGCUUCUGCCAAUGCAUUACGGCGAUCGGCUUUCAGAACAAAUGUAGGUGCCACUCAACUGUACCGAUGCCAAAGUACAGUACAAGAAACUCGACCUACAAUUAGGCCUGAAAGACCAUUAGAGAAGAAGGCUCUAUUUGACUUUGGUGAAUAUGUUGGGAGUUGCUUACCAAAAUACGUUCAAAAGGUUCAGCUAACUCAUUCCAAUGAGCUUGAAGUUUUGAUUCACCCGGAUGGCAUUAUACCUGUCAUAACUUUCCUCAAGGAUCAUCACAAUGCACAAUAUUUGAAUAUUGUUGAUAUUGCUGGUGUGGACGUCCCUACAAAACCUUAUCGUUUUGAGGUUGUGUAUAUUCUUCUUUCCCUGCGUUACAAUGCUCGAAUCCGUGUAAAAACAUACACUGAUGAACUGACCCCUCUUGACUCAAUUUGCUCUGUUUUUGCUGGAGCCAAUUGGUAUGAAAGAGAAAUUUGGGACAUGUAUGGAGUAUUCUUUGCUAACCAUCCUGAUUUGCGGCGCAUUUUAACAGAUUAUGGUUUUGAUGGCCAUCCUUUUAGGAAAGACUUCCCUCUCUCAGGAUUCACAGAAGUUCGUUAUGAUGAUGAGUUACAACGUGUUGUCAUUGAACCCCUGGAAAUGACGCAAGAGUUUCGUAAGUUUGAAUACAGUACACCUUGGGAAACAUACCGCAAUUUCCGGGAAACAAGCGAAGCCCAGGAAAUUGCUUUGAAGCAAGUUGAAAGUGGAAAAGUUGAAGAAAAGAAAUAACUACAAACACUUGUUAGAAAGUUACAGAAUCUUUUAAUAAACAACAGACCAUAUACUGGAUAAAUUAAAAAUAAUGAUAAUAAAAUUAGGUUGUAAAUAAA